AUGGCCAACCCGACGCGGUUCAUCGCGCCUAACGAACCUCUCAAUAUUUUCCAGGACGGGGUUUUCGAGAACCCCAUGCAAUCCGCUUACAACGCCAUGGCCCCCAUGCCCACAAAUAUCGCACCUAGGCAAAGAAGGCCCCUUCAAGCCGCGAACAGCAAUGUCGUUCUUAACCCCCAGCUCGUCCUGAAGAAGCCCUUCUUGUCCAAGUUCAAAACCGUAGCACAGAAACCCGCGAUUCACAAUUUUGGCAAGGAGAACAUUCGACCCAACAUUUAUCCCGCACCCGGCCCCGCCAUGGCGACUUUCGAGGCCCAUGUCCAGAAGCCUAAUGGCAAGCCGGGCCAAGGCAGCCGACGACUCGCAUCAGAUCACGAUCCCCCUCACGAUUCGUUCCCGCCCAUCGUCGACGAUGGCACCAAGCCUGGCCACAGCUACGCUACCCUGAUUGGCAUGGCCAUCCUCCGCUCGGCGAAUCGACGACUUACCCUCUCACAAAUCUACAAGUGGAUCUCGGAUAACUACUCAUUUUACAAGCCGAAUGAUGCUGGGUGGCAGAAUAGCAUUCGCCACAACCUCAGCCUACACAAGGCCUUUUACAAGAUUGAGCGUCCCAAGGACGACCCUGGCAAGGGUAACUACUGGUGCAUUGAGCCUGGUCAGGAGCACACCUUCUUGAAGGACAAGCCCACCCGCAGGUUCAACACCACUUCCACCACUGCCGAGUCCGUGAUCCCCGCCCGUCCCGACGUCACUGCUGCUCCCAAGAUGCAGGUGCUGGCUCGCGCCCCUCCGAUGUCAACGCACGCCUUUGUGCAACCUCAGGCCCCCGUCUUACCAGGCCCCACGCAAUCCAUGGCCGAGCCCACUUUGCCUCCGACCCGACAUGCUCAUCAUUCUGAAGGUGGUCAUGUUGCCCUGCCGCCCAUGCCGACUUCUCAGGCUACCAUCGCUGCCCCUGAUAUCUCGUCUGACGCUACCAUCCCGGUCUCGGAUGCCGCCGCUCCGGAGGACAAUGAUAAAGCGGCCGAUGCCGAUGCCCCGCUCGACUCGUUGUACUCUCCCCUGCCGCCCACGAUGCACUCUUCGCCGCCAAUUCCCCGUCACAUCGACCUGAGUGGCGGCGCUACGCCUCCACCUCUAGGCCGUAACCCGACCUCGUCCGUCUUGCGGCCCAAUGGUCGUGCUUUUGCUUCCAUGGAUGACAGCGGGUACAUCUCGUCACUCGAGUCGUCUGUGAUGCGGCAGAAGCCCAGUGCUCUGACCUCAGAGGCUGAUCGCCCUCGUAUUAAGCGUGGCCGCGCCGAGGAGGAGAUUGCUCGCCUCCGAGCAUCUUCCUACGACAGCCCGACUAAGGGCCGCUCUUGA